UUUCUGAAACUAGGUGAUAUUUGAAUAGAACAACUUGUGGGACAUUUCUGAAAUAGUGCAAUUAAACAACUGAGAAUCUAUGACCAUGAUAAUGAAUUUAAUUAACACAUACACCACUCUAUUUUUAGCCUGUUGCCUUAAAAUUGGCUUUGAUUACGAAAUAUCUACGUCAAUUCCUGAGGACAUUAGGUCAUUAGUCUGCGACAACUGGUUAUCGAGUCUUCGAGCUUUUCUACUUACUAGAGGUUUGCAGUUGUUAGUUAUGUUUUCUCAGCGAGCCGUAAAAGUAAUGGUUGGACUAAUAGUUGAGAGUCGCAGCAUAGUAAAUCCGAGUUUAGGUGCUGUUCGAGUUCCGCCGGAUGUUUGGAAAGUUCGGGCUUACAGCAGCACCGAUACGGGAAAGUCGGACAGAAGCAGCCGUUAUCCUGUGCCCUGCAAGAAACAGCUGCCUUACGACAUUGUCGAGUUGAUGGAGGAGAUGGAAACAAAGAUGGGUUUUCUGCCCAAUGUAUUUAAAGUGCUGGCUCAUCGACCUGCUGAAUUUCGGGGUUUCUUUUCCUAUUAUAACGCAAUAAUGAAUAAAGACACUGGGCGUUUAAGCAAAGCUGACAGGGAGCUCAUCAUUGUGGCAACAAGCAUUGUGAACCGCUGCCCGUACUGUGUAAUUGCACACGGAGCCAUGCACCGGAUCUACUCCAAGAACACCACCUUGGUUGAUCAGGUAACCGUAAACUGGGAGCUGGCAGACCUCGGCGAUCGGGAACGGGCGAUGAUCGAGUUUGCCCUGGCAGUCGGUCGCUCAGAUACAAUCACGGAUAAGCAUUUUGCUAAACUGGAAGCACAAGGAUUUGAUGCUGAGGAUGCUUGGGAUAUUGCCUCAGUAGCUGCCUUUUUCGCCUUAUCGAACCGGUUGGCUCAUUUCACCGAUUUACGACCAAAUGAGGAGUUCUACAUCAUGGGCAGAGUACCAAGAGAAAAGGAACCCAAGGGGAAAAAAUAGUGGCCGUUUCAUUUAACUUUUAUUUAAACAGCGUCAUUUGGCAAAGACUCGAUUAAGGAAUGAUGCUGUAAAUUUAAGGGACAUAUGGCACUUAAUAUGUAAAAUGGAUAUUAUAUUCACUGCAGUAUUAUAGUUGUAUGUCGUAGUUGGAUGACUGAUUUUUUUUGCUUAUAAUAUACCUCAUUGGAAUCAUAAUGUGCGGUUAUAAGUUUAACAAUCAAAUUAUUGUUGAAUGUUUUUUUAAUUAUGAUUUUUGAAAUCACUGUCA